AAUAGAUGAAUACUUGACAUAAUGCUGCGAUAUCUCGAAGCUGUUCCUAAAUAUAGGACAUUAGGAAUUCAAGCAGGCAUUUAUAAAGGUUCUUUUGAUGAAGAUGAGUGUGCAGUGGAGGAAACUGAAUCUCAGCCAAACAUUGCUGAUCAGCACAAGGUGGGCUUCUUCACUUUGGACAGAUGUUCUCAGACAGAAGUCACAGAGGUUGUGGACCUCAAAGAGAUGACAGAGGUCCUACAGAUCUUACUGCAGGAUGUGACAAAUCUUCGUCGGGACAUCAAUCUGACUAAGCAUGUUAUGCAGGCUGACUAUGAGAAAAAACUGCAGGAAAAAAGCUUAGAAUUAUAUGUAAGAAUAAAUGAGAAAGUGAAAGAACUGGAGAGAAUUCAUGAAGACAGAGUGUCCACUGUGAGAAGAGCCUUCAGACAGCAGUUGUCAGAUGCCAUAGCCAGAGUCGCUGUUCUGUACAACAAAAACUUGGAGUCAAAGAUGAAGAAAGAGAGAAAAAAGCAGGAAGAGGGGCAGGGCAAACACGAUGAGAAAUAUAAAGAGAUGCAGGCCACCAUUCAGCGGAAUGAGACAGUCAUACAGAUGCUGAAGAUGCAGCUGGCUCAGUUCCAACAAAGGCGCAACAGCGAAGUCGAAAGUCCGGAUAUUUCCUCUGAUCGGCCGUCCAACACAACAGCUGCCUCCCCUGUCCCAUCACUGGAAAAGAAGAAAAAGAAGGAGUCAUCCCCCCCAAAAGAACCCCCUCCCCCCAAACCUAAAUCCCCCUCCCCACCCCCUCCCCCUCCUCCUGCCCAACCUUCCAAGCCACCCCCCAAACCAGCCAACAAGAUGCCCCCGGUGGUUGAGGAGCUGUCUGUGAAGUCUAAGUCGCCCAGUGUUAAUGAGGAGUUUGAGGCCCUUAAGGAGGAGUGUGACGGUCUACAUAAGAGAGUGGAUCGUCUGGAGGAGGCUCUGGAUAUAAAGGAAAAUGAGAACGUCAAUCUAGUGGAGCAAAUCAAUCAGUUAAAUACCAAUUUAGAGAAGGAAAGAAUCAUGGUGGAUCAGCUGAAAUAUGAAGCAGAGGAAACCAAGAAACUGGCUGAAAAAGAGAAACAGUCCUCAAAAUCUCAGAUGGCCUUGGAGGCUGAGGCUCUGCUAGCCAAGCAGAAACAGGAAAUGCAGAGGAUGAUGGAAGAACAAAUCAGAAAAGCCAAGGAGGAGGCAGAGAACGCCAGACAAGAGGAGGCCAGGUCCCUGAAGGAAUCCGAGAGUAGCAAACUAAAGUUACUGAUGGAUCAGAAGAAACUCCUGGAGCAGGAAUUAAUGCAGGAGAGAAAAAAGAAUUCUGUGAAAACCCAUGAAGAAGUGGAUGUAGAGAAAUAUAAGAGACUGGAACAGAAACUCAGAGAUGAAAUAGCAAGGCUUAAAAAAGAAAUUGAAAGGAUACAUCGCACAUGGGAAAAGAAGUUUGCAAUUUUGCAGCAGAGUUUACAUGCCCUGAAGGACGAGAGUUACAUCAGACAGACUCUACAGAGACAGGCUGCCUCCCUCCAUCAUGCCGCUGUCAGUUAUGCUGUGGACACACCAGCAGGAAUUGUUCCUCAGAGGCAGCAGCCAUCUUAUCCCAGGAAACCUGUCAUUCCUGACAUCCCAAAGAAGCCCCAGCCAUCCAACACCCCUGCUAUGAAUGUUAACACCUCAGCUCAGGGGAUGGUCAUGCCAGACAAGGACUAUAUAUCGUAUACCGUGUCAGCUCCCAGUGGGCGGGGCACAGCCAUGUUAUCUGUGGACGAAAACCAAGUGAUGUCUGAUGGAGAACAAAUGCCCGAUGAUACAGACCACAUCCCCCCACCUCCUACAAGACGUCGAGAUAGUCCUGGUGACACCCAGAGUAAAAUGGAUGAUGGACUUUUCUCCUCUCAAUCACAACCAAUGGUAACUCCAACAACAACUGGCCAAUAGAAAUAGGUGUUACAUAAUACUGAUUACAAACAGCCAACAACAACUGGCCAAUAGAAAUAGGUGUUACAAAAUACUGAUAACAAACAGCCAACAACAACUGGCCAAUAGAAAUAGGUGUUACAAAAUAUUGCUAAUAAAGAGCCAACCAAAUAUUUUGUCACAGAAGGAUUGAUGCUACUGGACUAAUUAUGCGGUUCUUCUAAAACUGAGAGAUGGCUAUGUUGAUAAUACAGCUUGACAUAAAAAUUAUCAGUUUUAUUGUUGAAUAUAGCUUUAAAGCUAUUUUUUAAAUGUCUUAGCUUUGUGAUGAAGUUAAACUAAAUGUCAAAUAGCCACCUUUGGGUGAAUUUUGAUUAUUUUGAGUGAAUGGUGUAAAUAUGAGUUUGAUGUAAAAACAGAUUUGAGAAUGUGAGAUACAGAGUGUGAGGUUAGUGUUAUGAGUACAUGUAUGUUUAAAAAUGUCAUAUGUCAAUAUGAAAUGAAAAUUUAUUUGAGAUAUGUUUGUCUAAGAUACUCAAACAAGGUAUUUUUGUAAUUGAUGUUACCUUACUUAAUGAUACUGCUGAUUUUUUUUUAUUGUUUACUUUAACUGCUGUGUGGUUGAUUUACUGUGAUAUUUACAUUAUAUAUAAACAAUGUUGCCUUCAAU